AUGGUCGUCGAAGGGGAGCGUACGCUGCUGGCCGCAAGGCAGGGGGACGUGCAAACUCUCAAAGCGCAAUUAGCCUCGAAGACGCUCACCAGAGACGUGAAGGAUGCACUGGGGGCCUCCCCGGUCCACCAUGCAGCCCGGGCGGGCAAACUGGCUUGCAUGCGCUUCCUGGUCGAGGAGGCUGGGCUGCCGGGACACUGUCUGGCGAACAACGGGGCGAGCCCGGCUCAUGAUGCUGCAGCCACCGGCAACCUGGCGUGCUUACAGUGGCUGCUGACCCAGGGUGGAUGUCGCCCGGAGGACAAAGACAGUUCUGGCGCCACCAUUCUUCACCUGGCCUCCCGAUUCAGCCAUCAUGAAAUCACUGAGUGGCUGCUUAAGAGUGGGGAGGUGGACCCUGGGGCCGCCACUGACACAGGUGCCCUACCUGUCCACUACGCAGCUGCCAAGGGAGACCUGUCCUCGCUCCGACUGUUACUGGGGCACAGCCCAAAUUUCAUCAACUCCCAAACUAAAAAUGGUGCCACACCGCUCUACCUGGCUUGCCAGGAGGGCCACUUGGAGGUCAUCCAGUUCCUGGUAAAGGACUGUGGAGCUGAUUCCCUCAUCAGAGCCAAUGAUGGGAUGACACCCUUACAUGCUGCUUCCCAAAUGGGCCACAACACCGUCAUUGUUUGGCUGAUGAGUUUCACAGAGAUCAGCCUGAUGGAUAAGGACGGUGAUGGGGCCACAGCCAUGCACUUCGCAGCCAGUCGCGGUCAUGCAAAAGUUCUGAGCUGGUUGUUGCUGCACGGUGGCGAGAUAGUCACUGACAACUGGGGAGGGACCCCCCUUCAUGAUGCUGCAGAGAAUGGAGAACUUGAGUGCUGUCAGAUUCUGGUGGUCAAUGGGGUGGAUCUGGGUAUCAGAGACCAAGAUGGUUUUACAGGGGCUGACCUGGCUGAAUACAAUGGACACUUUCAGUGUGCUAAGUAUUUGCGCACCGUCGAGAACAUGAGUGUGGAGCACCGGGUUUUGUCUCGGGACCCCUCGUUGGACCUUGAGUACAAGGAACCUGAAAACAAGCAGCAAGAUUCAGGCCUCUCUUCCCCAAACACAACCAUGCCCCCUGCAAGUCAAGCGGGCCACUUUGACAUAAGUUCCCCAGCCAGCUCCUUGUCUAACUACGACUCUGCUAGCUCAAGCCAGUCCAGCACAGGGGAGAAGAGGAGCAGCUUAACAUUGUCUCGAGGCCCACAGUUGAACACAGUCGCACACACAGGUGCCUCAGAGGCAGCCAUCUCUGACAUGCAGGCAUACAUGGACAUGCUAAAUCCAGACAUCGACCUCGAACGGCCCAAGAAGAGUCACGACUCUGUUGCAUCUCUACCACCGCCACCCACUUAUCCACCGCCGCCUCCCCCGCAUUCUCCCCCACCGCCUCCGGGCUAUCCAGCUCCGAAGGCCCCUCAAGAGGCGUCAUCGGUAGAGUUUUUGAAAGUCAAAAGCAACUUGCGGCAUGUAGAGGGCAACAGCAGGAAGAAAGAGCAUCUGACGGUGGGAGAAAACCACGACAAACUUCGGCGUGUUGACUCCAAUAGAAAGUCCAGGAGUUUCAAUAAGCAGCCAAGCACUGGGGACUACUACAAGACAUUGGGGAGCGACACUGCCGAGCUCCGUGGGAGCAAAGUCAUGGCACCAAAGGAGGAGGGCUCAGUUUUGCUGGAAGAGCCUGCCAAUGGCUCUACCCAAACGUCUCAAAAUGGCACCACAGAGGAAACUGUCCCGGUGCCGCCUCCGCCACCGCCACCGCCUCCUCCUCCAAGCAAUCCGACGCCGACGCCAACACCCCCACCACCUCCACCGUUGCCGCCACACACACCAACAAUGCAGAAUGACUCUGCAAACAUAACCCCCAACAAACAGCGACGUGCAUCAUCGUCAUCAGGAAGUGGGGGUCUCUCUGCCCCACAGGGAGAGGGAGGGGCACUAAGACAAAUGAAGAGCACAAAAUCCUUCAACAUGAUGUCCCCUACUGGUGACAACUCGGAAUUGCUGGCAGAAAUCAAAGCGGGAAAGAGUCUAAAGCCUACACCUCACAGUAAAGGCUACACCACAGUAUUUUCAAACAGUGGACCAACAGGCAACAAUGGCAACACCAUAUCUCCACCAGAGACUCGCACUUGUAGCCCACCACCCAAAAAUUCAUCCCCACAAGCGUCUAAUACGUCAGUCACCUCUCCACCCACAACGCCGAGUCCAACUCCCAGUCCGCCUGGGUCAGGAACCUUCAAGGCAAUGUCGGCAUCAGCGAGUUUUGAGCAACUGCACUUCAAUUCCGCAAUUAAUGGGAGCAGUGCUGCAGGGACACCGGGACAACAGUCGGGGAGAAAGUCGAGCCUUGCAGAUGUAGAGGCGCUCGUGCCUACCCAUGACGAGCAGGGAAAAGCUAUUCCCGAAUGGAAGAGGCAAGUGAUGGUGCGAAAGUUGCAAGUCAAAGUACAAGAGGAAGAAGAGCACAAACGCAAGGCUGACGAGGAGGCAGCGCGUCUGGCAUCGAUGCCAGCCUGGCGGAGAGACAUGAUGAAGAAAAAAAUUGAUGAAGAGAGGGAACAAAAGAGGAAAGCAGAGGAGGAGGCCAAACAAGCCAAGGAAGUAGAAGAGAAGACAGAGCAGGAGCGACUAAGGAUCCUAGGUUACGACGAAACCAAGCUCGCACCUUGGCAACGACAGAUCAUCCUGAAGAAAGGAGACAUAGCCAAACAGUGA